AUGUCAUCUACCAAGAGGAUAAAAUUUCACUUUUCUUUUUUUUCUUUUUCUUUUUUCUUUCUUUUUUUCGUUUUUUCUUUUACUUUUUUUCGUUUUUUCUUUUACUUUUUUUCUUUUUCUUUUUUUCCUUUUUCUUUUUUUCCUUUUUCUUUUUUUUUUUUUUUUUUUUUUUUCAUUUUUUUUUUUUUUUUUUUUUUCCUUUUUUUCCUUUUUUCUUUCUUUUUUUUUCUUUCCUAUUCCCCUUUCUUUCCUAUUCCUAUUCCCUUUCCUAUUCCCCUUUCUUUCCUAUUCCCCUUUCUUUCCUAUUCCCCUUUCUUUCCCUUUCCCUAUUCCCCCUUUCUUUCCUAUUCCCUUUCUUUCCUAUUCCCUUCUUUUUCCUUUCCUUUCUUUCCCCCUUUCUUUCCUAUUCCCCUUUCUUUCCUAUUCCCCUUUCUUUCCUAUUCCCCUUUCUUUCCUAUUCCCCUUUCUUUCCUAUUCCCCUUUCUUUCCUAUUCCCCUUUCUUUCCUAUUCCCCUUUCUUUCCUAUUCCCCUUUCUUUCCUAUUCCCCUUUCUUUCCUAUUCCCCUUUCUUUCCUAUUCCCCUUUCUUUCCUAUUCCCUUUCUUUCCUAUUCCCCUUUCUUUCCUAUUCCCCCUUUCUUUUCCUAUUCCCUUUCUUUCCUAUUCCCCUUUCUUUUUCCUAUUCCCUUUCUUUCCUAUUCCCCCUUUCUUUCCUAUUCCCCCUUUUUCUUUCCUUUCUUUUCCUAUUCCCCUUUCUUUCUUUUCCUAUUCCCUUUCUUUCCUAUUCCCCCUUUCUUUCCCUAUUCCCCCUUUCUUUCCUUUCUUUCCCUUAUUCCCUUUCUUUCCUAUUCCCCUUUCCCUAUUCCCUUUCUUUCCUAUUCCCUUUCUUUCCUUUCUUUUUCUAUUCCCCUUUCUUUCCUAUUCCCCUUUCUUUCCUAUUCCCCUUUCUUUUUCCUAUUCCCCUUUCUUUCCUAUUCCCUUUCUUUCCUAUUCCCUUUCUUUCCUAUUCCUUUCUUUCCUAUUCCUUUCUUUUUUCCCCUUCCUUUCCUAUUCCCCUUUCUUUCCCUAUUCCCCUUUCUUUCCUAUUCCCCUUUCUUUUCCUAUUCCCCUUUCUUUCCUAUUCCCCUUUCUUUCCUAUUCCCUUUCUUUCCUAUUCCCCUUUCUUUCCUAUUCCCUUUCUUUCCUUUCCUAUUCCCCUUUCUUUCCUAUUCCCCUUUCUUUCCUAUUCCCCUUUCUUUCCUAUUCCCUUCUUUCCUUUUCCUAUUCCCCUUUCUUUCCUAUUCCCCUUUCUUUCCUAUUCCCCUUUCUUUCCUAUUCCCCUUUCUUUCCUAUUCCCUUUCUUUCCUAUUCCCCUUUCUUUCCUAUUCCCUUUCCUAUUCCCUUUCUUUCCUAUUCCCUUUCUUUCCUAUUCCCUUUCUUUCCUAUUCCCUUUCUUUCCUAUUCCCCCUUUCCUAUUCCCCUUUCUUUCCUAUUCCCCUUUCUUUCCUAUUCCCCUUUCCUAUUUUUCUUUCCUAUUCCCCCUUUCUUUCCUUUUCCCUAUUCCUUUCCUAUUCCCCUUUCUUUCCUAUUCCCCUUUCUUUCCUAUUCCCUUUCCCCUAUUCCCCUUUCUUUCCUAUUCCUUUCUUUCCUAUUCCCCUUUCUUUCCUAUUCCCUUUCUUUCCCCUUUCUUUCCUAUUCCUUUCUUUCCUAUUCCCCCUAUUUUCUUUCCUAUUCCCCUUUCUUUCCCUAUUCCCCUUUCUUUUCCUAUUCCCCUUUCUUUCCUAUUCCCCCUUUCCUUUCCCUUCUUUCCCUAUUUCUUUCCUAUUCCCCUUUCCUUUCCUUUAUUCCUAUUCCCCUUUCUUUCCAUUCCCCCCUAUUCCCUUUUUUCCUAUUCCCCUUUCCUUUCCCUUUAUUCCCCCUUUCUUUCCUAUUCCCCUUUCUUUCCUAUUCCCCUUUCCUAUUCUUUCCUAUUCCCCUUUCUUUCCCCUAUUCCCCUUUCUUUCCUAUUCCCCUUUCUUUCCUCCUUUCCCCUUUCUUUCCUAUUCCCCUUUCUUUUUCCUAUUCCCCUUUCUUUCCUAUUCCCCUUUCUUUCCUAUUCCCUUCUUUUCCUUUCUUUUUCCUAUUCCCCUUUCUUUCCUAUUCCCCUUUCUUUCCUAUUCCCCUUUCUUUCCUAUUCCCCUUUCUUUCCUAUUCCCCUUUCUUUCCUAUUCCCCUUUCUUUCCUAUUCCCCUUCUUUCCCCUUUCUUUCCUAUUCCCCUUUCUUUCCUAUUCCCCCUUUCUUUUCCUAUUCCCUUUCUUUCCUAUUCCCCUUUCUUUCCUAUUCCCCUUUCUUUCCUAUUCCCCUUUCUUUCCUAUUCCCCUUUCUUUCCUAUUCCCCUUUCUUUCCUAUAACAACUGCUGCUUAG